CCGCCUCACUUAACGGCAGAGUCAGUCACACUCGGGUUGUACCGCGGCGGUUUGUUGAGGUCCGGCCGGGCGUAGUGACUACCGGGAUGCCGCGGGGAACCACGAACACAGGAAAAGCAGGCUCCCGAUCUCCACGCCCACGCUAGCAACCACGGCGCUGCGUGGGAGGGGAUUUGAGGCCGUACUUUAUCCCCUUUUCUUUCAAAAACUAUACUGACGUUCUUGGAGAAGCUGCCAGUGGCGGCCCGACUGUGCAGCGGCGCCCGCUUGACAGGUGCCGUCGGUCGGCUCUGCGUGAGGAGAUGCCGCCCGUCCAGAGAACCAUGUCGGAUCUUCGAACACGGGCGGACGGAUACGAGAAGACAGAGGAUGCUUCCGAAAAGACAUCCUUAGCGGACCAAGAAGAUGCCCGAUUGAUUUACCUUAACCAGCCACAGUUUACAAAGUUUUGCAACAACCGGGUCAGUACGGCCAAAUACAAUUUCCUCACCUUCCUCCCGAGGUUCCUCUACUCGCAGUUCAGGAGGGCGGCCAACGCUUUUUUUCUCUUCAUUGCACUCUUACAGCAAAUCCCAGAUGUUUCUCCGACCGGUCGCUGGACAACGUUGGUGCCACUGCUUUUUAUUCUGGUUGUGGCUGCUGUCAAGGAGGUCAUUGAGGAUCUGAAACGCCACAAUGCUGACAGCGUUGUCAACAAAAAGGAAUGUCAAGUGUUAAGAAACGGCGCCUGGGAGAUUGUGCAUUGGGAGAAGGUUGAAACGGGCGAUGUUAUUGAAGUAAAUGAAGGCGAUUUCGUGCCUGCAGACACUGUGGUUUUAUCGUGCAGUGAACCGCAGGGAAUGUGCUACAUUGAAACAUCUAAUCUAGAUGGCGAAACAAACCUAAAAAUCAGACAGGGUCUCCAAAUGACAUCCGACAUGAAGGACAUAGACAGCCUGAUGCGUCUCUCAGGAAGGAUGGAGUGCGAGUGCCCAAACCGUCAUCUGUAUGAGUUUGUUGGGAACAUCCGACUAGAUGGCCACAGCACGGUGCCGCUUGGUCCAGACCAGAUCUUAUUGAGAGGAGCCCAGCUGAGGAACACACAAUGGGUCCAUGGUGUGGUGGUCUACACGGGUCAUGACACAAAACUUAUGCAGAACUCCACUCGGCCGCCGCUGAAGUUGUCCAACGUGGAGCGCAUCACCAACUUUCAGAUUCUGGUCUUGUUUGGCUGCCUGCUAGCCAUCUCAUUAGUCUGCUCCGUGGGCCAAACCAUCUGGAAGUACCGGUGUGGCAAUGACGCCUGGUACAUGGACCUCAACUCUCCAGAUGGCGGGGCGGCGAACUUCGGCCUCAACUUCCUCACCUUCAUCAUCCUGUUCAACAAUCUGAUCCCCAUCAGUCUGCUGGUCACACUGGAGGUCAUCAAGUUCAUCCAGGCCUUCUUCAUCAAUUGGGACACCGAUAUGGUCUACGAGCCGACCAACACACCUGCCAUGGCCCGCACGUCCAACCUGAAUGAAGAGUUGGGCCAGGUGAAAUAUAUCUUCUCUGACAAGACGGGCACGCUGACCUGCAAUGUCAUGCAGUUUAAGAAGUGCACCAUUGCUGGCGUGGCCUACGGUCACGUGCCUGAGACUGAGGAUGGUAGUUUUGCGGAGGACGACGGGCACAGCACGCAUUCGUCAGAAGAGUCAGGAUUUAUUGACCAGAGCUUGUUGGAAAACCUCCAAAGUAAUCAUCCUACAGCUGCUGUCAUCCUGGAGUUCAUGACCAUGAUGGCCAUCUGUCACACCGCAGUUCCCGAGCAUAACGACGGAAAAAUCACGUACCAGGCGGCAUCCCCAGAUGAAAGCGCUUUGGUGAGAGCUGCACGCAACCUGGGUUUUGUGUUCUCUGGUAGAACACCAGACAGCGUCAUUGUGGAAAUGAUGGGAAGCGAGGAGAAGUAUGAGCUGCUUCAUGUGCUUGAGUUCACAAGUGUAAGGAAGAGAAUGUCAGUCAUCAUGCGCACGCCAUCCGGAAAGAUCCGCCUCUACUGCAAAGGAGCUGACACGGUGAUCUAUGACAGACUGGCAGACAGCUCUCGCUACAAAGAGAUCACGUUGAAACAUCUGGAGCAGUUUGCCACUGAGGGGCUGCGCACACUGUGCUUUGCCGUGGCAGACAUCAGCGAGUCGACUUAUCAACAGUGGCUGGAGGUGCACCACCGAGCCUGCACCUCCCUGCAGAACCGAUCCCUCAAGAUGGAGGAGAGUUACGAACUCAUCGAGAAGAACUUACAGUUGUUGGGGGCCACCGCCAUCGAGGACAAGCUGCAGGAUAAAGUGCCCGAGACCAUAGAGACACUGAUGAAGGCUGACAUCAAGAUCUGGAUACUUACAGGGGAUAAACAGGAAACAGCCAUCAACAUUGGACAUUCCUGCAAACUUUUGACAAAGAACAUGGGCAUGCUGGUGAUAAACGAGGAUACGCUUGACAGAACAAGGGAGACCCUCAGCCACCACUGCGGAAUUCUGGGAGAUGCCCUCUACAAGGAAAAUGACUUUGCUCUUAUCAUUGAUGGGAAGACGCUCAAAUAUGCGCUCACCUUCGGAGUGCGACAGUACUUCCUGGACCUCGCCUUGUCCUGCAAGGCCGUCAUCUGUUGCAGAGUGUCUCCUCUGCAGAAGUCAGAGGUGGUGGAGAUGGUGAAAAAGCAGGUAAAGGUGAUCACGCUGGCCAUCGGCGAUGGCGCCAACGACGUCGGGAUGAUUCAGACGGCACACGUCGGCGUGGGAAUUUCGGGCAAUGAGGGCCUGCAGGCCGCCAAUUCUUCUGACUACUCCAUUGCUCAGUUCAAAUACUUGAAAAAUCUUCUGCUGGUCCAUGGAGCUUGGAAUUACAAUCGUGUAGCCAAAUGUAUCCUCUACUGCUUCUACAAAAACAUUGUCCUUUACAUCAUAGAGAUCUGGUUUGCAUUUGUCAAUGGCUUCUCGGGUCAGAUUCUGUUUGAACGCUGGUGUAUCGGCUUGUACAACGUGAUCUUCACUGCCCUGCCUCCGCUCACUCUGGGAAUAUUUGAGCGCUCCUGUCGGAAAGAAAACAUGCUGAAGUACCCAGAGCUGUACAAAACCUCCCAGAACGCAAUGGGAUUCAACACCAAGGUUUUCUGGGCUCAUUGUCUGAACGGCCUCUUCCAUUCCGUCAUUCUCUUCUGGUUCCCUCUCAAAGCCUUCCAGCACGACACUGUGUUUGGCAACGGAAGAACUCCUGACUAUCUCCUUUUAGGAAACAUGGUUUACACAUUUGUGGUCAUCACAGUUUGCCUUAAAGCGGGCCUGGAAACCUCAUCCUGGACCAUGUUCAGUCACAUUGCCAUCUGGGGCAGCAUUUGCCUGUGGGUGGUGUUCUUCGUCAUCUACUCGUCCCUGUGGCCCCUCAUCCCUCUGGCCCCAGACAUGUCGGGCGAGGCGGAGAUGAUGUUCUCUUCAGGGGUCUUCUGGACAGGCCUGGUCUUCAUCCCCAUCACCUCACUGGUCUUCGACGUGGCCUACAAAGUGGUGAAAAAAGUGUUUUUCAAGACGCUGGUGGAUGAGGUACAGGAGCUGGAGGCUUUAUCCAAAGAUCCCGGAGCUGUCGUGCACGGGAAAAGUUUGACGGAAAGGGCCCAGCUCCUGAAAAACGUCUUCAAGAAGAGCACUGUGAGUCUGUACCGCUCCGAGUCCAUGCAGCAGAACCUGCUACAUGGCUACGCCUUUUCCCAAGACGAGAACGGUGUGGUGUCACAGUCGGAAGUGAUCCGAGCGUACGACACCACCAAGCAGAGGAGCAGAGAGUGGUGAGCGGCGGCCAUUCUGAAGCCGCAAGAGCUUUUCCCACUUUCUUCUUUAUUAGAAUUUUCGGGACUCUUAACAUGACUGCAGACAGACGAGAAUGGAAUCAUGUAUUCUUCUGUGAAAGGGAACAAAUGAACCGUGUUCUAUUAUCGAGCACGGUGCUUUUUUUUUUGUUUUCGCAAAACUGAGCAAAGUGUCUCCUCUCUUUUCAUUUAACAGGAAAAAAGAAUGGUUAUUAGCGCUAAACCAAAAUGAUUAACAUCAUUGCGGCCAAUUAUAACUGUUUAUUGUGAAGUUUAACAAUCCUUAGAGCCAAGAUUUGAAAUGGCGUCAGAUUGCCAAAGAGCAGUUGUGAAUGCAAUCUUCCAAGAACUCGUGAAUUCGGAAAACACGUCGUGAGCACCGUUCUCCUUUUAAAUUCUUUUACUUAUUUUUCAAUGCACUAAAGUUAACGUGUUGUGUGUAAAAGCCUUACAUUUGCAUCAUGCCUUCACAAAACAAAUCCUUUUUAGUUCUUCACGUAAUGUAGACACUGUGCCUGCCUGCUUUUGGUUUGUGGCCUAGUCGGGUUUCCACCUUUUUUUACCCCCCCCCCCUGCCCCCCUGAUGGACUACAGCAUUCCACACGUCACAAUCACAAAGGUGCCUACGUUUCCAUCCCGGACGAACGAGCCCAUGUCACAGAAAGCUGGCGAGGCACGCUUAUAGAGAAUUAAAUAAAUAGAUAAAUACAUAAAUAAAUAGAGAUCUUUCUGACCAUGGUGAUAGUGUUUCCCUGACAACGGAGAUUUGAACCCUUCCAACUUAAGUGCCAUUAGCUUCAAAGAGAGAGAAAUAUUAUCCAGGAAACUCCGCGCCAGUAUCAAAACAACCUUGUCUCUAUAGAUAUUCUUUUGUGGAUUUGUAUUUUUAUAUUUGGAGAUGUACACAUUUUGCAUUGACUGGCUUUGUAAAACCGAUCGAUCGUCUGCAACUUUGGUCCACCGCCGGGGACGGAGCAAAUGACACUGAGCUUUCUUAAAUGUCUUGUUCUGGAACCUUAAUAUUGUGAUUGCUUGAUUUAUUUAUAAUUGGAUUUAAUACUUCAUGUCUGUGCGAUGGCUUUCUUCUCCCUAUGGGAGAUACGACUUCUGACUGUGGGUGUGGAUGUGUUGGGUGGAUCCCUGCAUGUGCAUGUGGCGUAUGAUUUGUGUGAGUGUAUGCGUUACCUACCGUGGUCAUUUUUUGUGUGCAUUGCAUGUCUGUUUUCUACGUCGGAAUAUUAAAGCCUCACUGAAAAGAAAAGGAGUUAUAAUAUUACAACAAAGCUAUAAUUGUUUAGCGGGGAAACACAGGUGUUCUAUUCAUACGUACUGCAAUAGAAAAGUCAUAACAGUAAAAAUUCUUAUGAAAAACACCUCAAGGACAUAAAUUUGAAAAAUGAAAAGAAAAACAGUAAGUCGACCUACGUUAGUGAGUGAGAAUGACCGCAUUGUACAUAAUUUUAUGCUGCACAAACGGGUUCGUAAAAAGAAGUUGUAACAUUACAAAAUAAGAUUUGCAAGGUCCAAAUUCACCAGGAUGUUUACAGGAAUAGAAUAAAGUUGUAAUGCCGCAGGAAAACAUUUUUCAUGCUAUAAGAAAUUAAUCAGAAUAUUGCAACAAAAAGUAACAUUGUGAGACCAAAGUCAGAAUUUCUUUGAGAAUACAGUUGUCAGUCGUAACAUUAUGCGAAAAUACGUCAAAAAUGUCACAGGAAUAAAAUUCCCCCAAAGGAAUUCCAACAUUUUGAUAAUUCUGUCUUGUAAAAAUGACCUUUUCCUUAUUUAAAUAAUACAAGCAAAGUUCUGAUUUUUUUUGUGUAAAAUUACCAUAUUCUCAUUGAAAAAAAAUCUCCUAAUUAUAUGACUUUAUUCUCAUAAAAUUGUGAUAUAACAUUUUUCUUUUUUAUCUCAAUCACGAUUGCAGGAUUUUAUUACCGGGAUAUUUAAUUUUUCUUUUCAGCGUGACCCUAAUACUUCUUCGUAGUCCUGUUUGUAAGAUUACAUGUUUGUUUGUUUUUCUCCUGGUGUGUUUCUUAAGUACGAAUGUUUGUUUGUCUCUAUAUACGUAAAUGUGCGUGUUGCUGCUAGCCCAUACGUCGUCCACUUGCACGAGCUCAGCUUCAGCUCCAAUGUCCUCUUGUGUGUUGAUGCAUGGCCAGUGCGUGUGGGACCGCGUGCGUGUAUUGUCGCGUGCGAGUUUCCGACUGGCUUCCACAGGAGAUUUUGUAUAAUGCACUCUCAAUGUAACUUUUUUUUCCCCGUCGUGGUUACUGUCCAUUUUUGGGUUUAAUGAUGUUUGCGACUCGCUUCAACGGAAAGCUUGAAAUGCUCAGAAGUUGUGAAAUGUACUCUGAAUGUGGACGUUGUCUGCAUUUCUUUUUUCCCUGUGCUUUUCUUUUAAAUUAGAUUUUUUUUCUCUAAGUUGUGCGCUGCAUGAGUGGAUAACACAAACUUGUACCAUUUCAUUUUACAAAACGGAAAAAAAAAAACUUGAGUUAAAAUUAUUUUCUUGUCAUUUUGGAUUUCAUGAUUGUUGUGCAUGUCGGGACUGCAAAUGUAUAAGUGUUGUCUUUUACGGUCCGCGGAGGACGACUGAAAUAAACUUUACAUUCAUGGAGGAACAA